AUGUUCCAGCGUGUGAUCGGUCGGCCAUUAUUGGCGAAGGUGAAGCAGACGACUGGGAUCGUUGAGGUGUGUCCGGAAGAAGAAGACUGGGGAGUGAUUGAGAAGCGACUUGCUUGUGGUAAAGUCGAGGAGCUCAUCGAGGAAGCUAGCGAUGAGCUCACUCUCGUUGGCAAAAUGAUCGGUUCGUUACACCCUAAUUUGAUCCUUGCACCGAUACCUAAACAUGUUCCGCAUCACCGUCCCGGGCCUCUUCCUGAGGAGUUCUACAGAACCCUCCAAGCUGUAAAUUCAGAAUCCAAAACAGAGAUUACAGCUACUAGCUCUAGCGAUCCGCAGUUGAAAGAGUGA